CACAAAGCUCCUCCUCCACACGACAGUCUAUUCAACAUCCCUCUCUCUCUACAAAUACUCACAAUCCCCUUCCCCUUCUCUCCCCACAUAAAUGGCAGAGGCAUAAUGCCAAUCUUUACAUGCACAUAGAAGCCAAUAAACCCCAUAAAAAUCCAAUCUUUAUGAGGUUUUGAUAUCUUUGCACUCACAUUUCUAUUUCCAAUGGCUGAAAACAGACGCUUUGACUGUGUGGCAGCAUCAGACCUGCUGCUCUGCGAUGAGGGAACCAAAAGCCUUUGCUUUGAUGAUGGAGAUUUCGUGGAAACUCUCAAUGAUCAAACCGGAUCAGAUUCAGGCCCUUUCACUCCUUUGCCGUUGCUCACUGAGGAGUGUGUUGAUUGGAUGGUGGGGAGGGAAGCACAGCAUUUGCCUAGAAAUGAUUAUCUCAGGAGGCUGAGGAGUGGGGACUUGGAUUUGAGCUUGAGAAGGGAGGCUCUUGAUUGGAUGAUUAAGGCUUGUGGUCAUCACAACUUUGGAGAAUUUUGCUUGUAUUUGGCUAUGAGUUACGUGGAUCGGUUUCUGUCAGUGUAUACCCUCCCUAAGGGCAAGCAUUGGGUGAUUCAGCUGAUCGCGGUGGCUUGCUUGUCGUUGGCUGCCAAAAUGGAAGAGGUUAAUGUGCCAUCUCUAGUUGACAUACAGGCAGGGGACCCGAAGUACUUGUUUGAGGCGAAAACUAUCCAGAGAAUGGAGAUGUUGGUGCUGAGCUACUUGAAAUGGAAUGUCAAGCCUUACACUCCAUUCAACUUCAUUGAGUUCUACCUCAGGAAAUCGUGCAAACCUCAGACCCCACAAGGGCCGUUGCUAACUAAGUCGACACAGAUCAUCCUGAGCAUGAUCAAAGGUAUCGACUUCUUGGAGUUCAAGCCGUCUGAGAUAGCUGCAGCUGUGGCAUCGUACGUCUCUGAGGAAGCGGAUGCUACACAAGAGAAGGAGGGGAGAGUGGCGAAAUGCCUCGAGCUGAUUCAAGAUUUGAUGCCAAUAGGCGGGAUUGCUGCCCUUACUGGUUUUACUGCGAUGAGCAUGGCUUCACGUUCACCAUCAUCGUCUUCAACACCAUCACUGCCCUAUAGCCCGAACGGGGUGCUGGAUGCUGCGUGCUUGAGCUACACAAAUGAGGAGAGGUCUUCUCCAAUUAGCAAAAGGAGGAAGUUGGAUUAAGAUGGUGCUUCUUCUUGAUCCUCCAACAAAUGGGAAAUUCUUUUACUUUCUCACAACCACACACACCCACACUAGGUUUCUGGUGAAUGGGAUUUUUGGAGUGGAAGUGUAAAGUUUUAGCUACAUUUUUAUAUACUAUAAAUCAAUAAAAAGAGAGAGGGAGAGAGAAGAUGAUGGCUUUGGGGAUGCUUUAGCUUUCAUGGACAAAAUAUGAACCUCUUUUUCAACCAAAGGUUUACUCUUUAUUUUAUGAUAUAUCUCUUUUAUUUUGUUGGAA